GUCAUGCACACCGAAGGUCUGAUCAGUGGGUGUGUGCUGGGGUCCGUGUCUCCCUCUCUCGCCCCUCCUGCGUUCCCCUGGGCCAGUGAAAUUCCAGCUCCCCCUCCUUUCCUUUCCGUUCCCUCUUCUCUUUCUCUCUCUCACACACACACACACACACACACACACUCUCAGGUCUCAAGACUCUCUGCUGUGGUUCUGAUACCUGCAUAAGACACGCUCAUCUUCUGAAGGAUGGCCAGGACUCAUACUGUCCUGCUCACACUGCUGCCCACCGUCCUCAUUCUAAUUGUUCUGGCCGGGGUUGAAAGUGCAGCCGUUAAAGAUGGAAAAGACAGUGAAGCUCAAACAGGAGCAUCUAAAGUUUUCAUGCCAGCAUCUGAUGCCUCAAACUUCUUCAAACGCCGCAGUCGCAGAUCCCCAAGAACUUAUGAAGAGUACUAUGCAGAGCAGAGGGUGAAGAUGGCUACAAACGAGCGAAGGAGAGAGCACUUAGAGGAACAAAACAACAAAUACGAGAACUAUUUAGAGGAGGAGCGCGAUGAACAGUACGAGAGAACCAGAGAGAAGAAUGAGCAGUGGAGAGAAUUCCACUAUGAUGGGCAAUACCCAUGAUACCCUCACCACCGCCACUAUGUCUGAGCACAUAUGAGCACAUGCAGUGCCUCGGAAAGUGGAUAACCAUCGUUUGAGGGAUACCUUCAUGACAUAAUAUAAUUAUU